UCGUCGAGAUAAACAUGUCGCAAUUGACGCACACGCGAUUGUCAGUCGCUGGUAAAACGGGACCGUCAUGAUAUGACGUGUGGCAUCACGUGAGGAACGUGGAAUCGCAUUGUGCGAAUUGUGUUCCGGAUGCGCGCGAUCAUGUCAUGCGGGACGAAACGCAUCCCGGCGGAAAUUUCGUAUCGUCCACUAUGAAAAGUGCGAUCUCGACCUCUCGCCUCUUUCUCGCGAAUUGCAGGUCGAUUAUUCUGAAAAUGACGAGCUCGGACGAAAUAAAGGACAUAUGGAGAACUGCGGAUGCCGUGACAUUCGACGUCGAUUCCACUGUUAUAACGGAGGAAGCUAUCGAUGAACUCGCCAAUUUCUGUGGAAAAGGAGAACAGAUCACCAAACUAACGAAGCAGGCUAUGCAAGGUGACAUGACGUUUCAGCAAUCCUUAUCUAUAAGACUGGGAAUCAUAAAUCCAAGUUUGACACAAGUGAGAGAGUUCCUGAAUACUCAUCAGUCAAAACUAACUACUGGUAUCAAGGAGUUGGUGUCCACCUUACAAGCUCGUGGGAAGCAAGUGUUUCUCGUCUCUGGUGGUUUUCGCUGUCUUAUCACACCAAUUGCCGUACAACUGAACAUUCCACCUGAGAAUAUUUAUGCCAACAGAUUAAAAUUUUUUUUCACAGGAGAAUAUGCUGGAUUCGAUGAGACUCAGCCAACAUCUAGAAGCGGUGGCAAAGGAGAAGUUAUACGACGUCUUAAAGAAGAAAAAGGAUUUAAGAUCGUUGUACAUAUCGGUGACGGCUCAACAGAUUUAGAAGCGUCACCACCAGCAGAUGCAUUUAUAGGAUUCGGUGGAAAUGUAAUUAGGGAAAAUGUAAAAUCACGCGCGCAGUGGUUUGUUACAAACUUUGAUGAUCUCAUAAAAUGUUUAUAGAUAACCAAUAUUUCUACGAAAAUAAAAAUACAUUAUUUUAAUAAUUUAGUUAAAAUGUAAAGAAUUAAAUUAGAGUAAUUAUUGCCAGCAUAGUGUGAAAAUUGUAAAUGAUGUUCGUAAACUAAUUACACUUUAUUCUAUAAAGUACAUGAAACAUA